CAGCCUCGAGUCGCGAAUAUCGUUGAAACAAGGAGUGCUCGCCGCUGCUUGAGAGAAUUUCAAUUUCGAAGUCUGCCUUAUUAGGGUUACAAAGAUCUGCGGCACUUGCCGCUUCCCUGCAGGGCCAGUCCUGAGUCGACCCUUGAGUUUGGAUGAUCAAUUCCUAGCUGACUUGUAUUUGCAGUCCGACAGGCUCUCACAUGCCCUUGACUCGCAAUCGCAUCUUCCUAGCAAGCAAUUUAAUUAAUCAUAUUCACACCUCAUGCGUGGAAUACAUCCCACUGCUGUUAGGCAUUCGAAUGUAUCAAAAGAACGGGCUGCGUUUGAAGAUGAAUAAUAUUCGUGGCGCCGCCUAUUUCACCAAGCGGCCACCGAGUUACAUUUUGAUCCCAUGUAGUCAAACAACCCAUCCACCAAGCACUGUGGUCCAGACUCCGUGCCCGAUCAACUGUGUCAAUUUGGAAGGCCAGAAGUUCUUCAUCGGAGAGCAUGUCAUCGUAGUCGACACCCUACACAGCGAUCCACUCCGCAGACAAGUCCCGCUCCGCACACUGGAUAAGCCACUCCCGAUGGAACAGGCACGAAUUUCAAGGGAAAUCCCAAGGUCAAACCUCUAUAGCGGGAGGCUGCGGCUCUAUCUAUCGAGGACCGACUACAACUUGCUAGCGCAGGACUACCGACUACGAACCAGGACUCCUGCCACUGCACCAGGGAUUCUAGGCACUCCCAAUGACCUGUGCCAGACCUCCCUGGUACACCGAGAGACUAUUCAGAUAAGGCUGCCUUUUCGGAUGGACAAGUUUAUGAGGUUGACGUCUGAUGGAACGCCCUGA